AGUGGUGUAGGAACUAUGGCUAAGCAUCAUCCUGAUUUAAUUAUGUGCAGGAAGCAGCCUGGGAUUGCUAUUGGCCGGCUGUGUGAGAAGUGCGAUGGGAAGUGUGUUAUAUGUGACUCGUACGUGCGGCCUUGCACCUUGGUUCGGGUUUGUGACGAAUGCAAUUAUGGAUCAUUCCUAGGUCGUUGUGUGAUUUGUGGGGGUGUGGGAAUAUCUGAUGCUUAUUACUGCAAGGAAUGCACUCAGCAGGAGAAGGACCGUGAUGGGUGUCCGAAGAUUGUCAAUCUAGGGAGUGCUAAAACUGAUCUCUUCUAUGAACGGAAGAAAUAUGGUUUUAAGAAACGAUAGAAAGGAUUUUAGUGGGCACUAUUUUUACAGUCCGCUAACUAUAUUCUGUACGACAUAUAUUUCGCUGUUGAAACUUUUAUCUAAUACUGAGUCAGUAGUGGGGUAAACAUUUAACAAGCUUUUCGUAGUUCCCUGACUGGUUCAUUCUGUAAGUAACAAUUGAAAUUAUGUUUAGAUUCUUGCAGAAGUGUUCUUGUCAGUGGUCAGUAUAAGAACUGAUGAUGGCGCUUGUAUGGUCUUCCAGCUGAAAAAGCUCUUACCCCUUUUCAUGUAAGUCUUGACACUGUUGCAUAUUUAGCCUACAUUUAAUCAAUUGAUGAUGCCUUACUAGUAAAA